AGUAGGGAGGACGAAAGAAAGAUAGACGACGACUCGACGACUCGUGAGUUGUAAGCCUGACUUGGGACUUGGGAUUUGGGAGUUGAAAGGAGGACCAGUGAGCAGUGUUCCAACGAGGGCGUGAACAAAUGUCUCUUUUUCUAUACGACACAUCUGAACCAUUGGAUCAUGCAGUUGUGUGAUGGGACACGUCAUUUUCUACAAGCUACAAUCCUACAUCUUAUCUGGUGGUGUCCUAAAGUUGCACUGAAUCAGAACCUACCAGAAUCCAACGGCCGCAGAUGAGAUGACUUCAUUUACUUUAGAGGGAUAAUAAUAAAUCAAAUUGAAGUAGAACAAAAUCAAUGAAAAGAAUUCAGCCUUCAGACUUCAAACUUUGGAGGAGUAAAAUCAAUGAAAAGCAGACGAAGAAAAUAAGAAGGAAGCAGCAGGAGCAGCAUCGCAGAGACAACGACGACGAUCAAUCUUGGUGGUUGGUUGACUGAGAGAGAUGAAAACAUAAUUCUGAGUAUAGGAAAGAAGACAAAUAGAACAAGAAGCGAUUCGAAGAGGGAAAAGGAUAGCGAAAGGGUUUAUCAAUAGAUCGAUAGAUAAUGGCGGAAGAGAAGAGCAUUGAAGAAGAACUUUGGUUCCCAGUCUUACUGGCGGACAGAGUACGGAAAGCCGUCGAGGAAGCGGAGUCCUUCAAACUUGACUGCUCAGAAGUGGGGAAACAGGUUGACCGUCUCUCCCAAAUGCUUCGUUCUGCCCUCCGCCUUGCUAACUCCACUCCUUCCCUUUACGAGCGCCCCGUCCGUCGCAUCGUCGCUGACGUCUCCAAGAACCUUGAACGUGCCUUGACCCUCGUACGCAAGUGCAAGCGCAGCGGCGUCCUCCGCCGAGUCGUCACCAUCACCAGCGCCACCGAUUUCCGCAAGCUCUUCAAUCUCCUCGAUGCUUCCAUCGGCGACAUGAAAUGGCUCCUCAGCAUCUUGGAUUCCGACGGCUCCGGUGGCGGUACCCUCCCCCCCAUCGCCAGCAACGAUCCUAUUCUAUCCUACGUCUGGUCCUUCGUCGCCGCCAUUCAAAUGGGCCCUCUUCCCGAACGAGUGGAGGCUGCUAACGAGCUCGCCUCGCUCGCCAGCGAUAAUGAUCGCAACAAGAAAAUUAUCGUCGAGGAAGGUGGGGUUCCCCCUCUACUGAAGCUCCUGAAGGAAGGGGCUUCCCCCGAUGCCCAAAUUGCGGCCGCCACUGCUCUUUUUAACUUGGCUACCGAUCAGGAGAGAGUUCAACACAUAGCGGCUGAGCUUGGGAUUCCCAUAAUUGUGCAGGUUCUUUGUGAUUCUCCGAUGAGAGUGCAGAUUGUGCUUGCCAAUUUGGUUUCGAGGAUGGCGGAACACGACCAACUUGCCAAAGAGGAGUUCGCCAGGGAGAAUGCCAUUAGGCCGCUCGUAUCGUUCCUUUCUUUCGAGACGUUCUUGGACGAACCCAAGCCUCAAUCUGGUAAGCCUCCCAGUAUUCAUUCUAUUGUUCAGAUUAAUAAGGAGUUGGGGGGAAAAUCGUUGGCAACACAGAACCACCACUCCUACUCGAAUUCGCCUUUGCAUUCGGAGGGCAGUAGUCGUGGUGGGCACCAUAAGAAAGAGAGGGAAAACGAGAAGCCUGAAGUGAAGCUCAAGCUCAAGAUUAGUUGUGCAGAGGCACUGUGGAGACUCUCCAAGGGCAGUGUCUCCAACAGCCGGAGGAUAACUGAAACCAAAGGCCUGCUUUGCCUUGCCAAGCUCAUCGAGAGUGAACAAGGGGAGUUGCAGCUCAAUUGCUUGCUGACGAUAAUGGAAAUAACCGCAGAAGCGGAGGCCAAUGCUGACCUUAGGCGGGCAGCUUUCAAGACCAAUUAUCCUCCGGCAAAGGCGGUUGUUGAUCAGCUUCUCAGGGUGAUUCGAGAGGUAACCAGUCCCUCUUUGCUAAUUCCUGCCAUAAAAUCAAUUGGGUCGUUGGCUCGCACCUUCCCUGCAAGAGAAACUCGAGUUAUUGGUCCUUUAGUCUCCCAGCUCAGCAACAGGAACCCAGAUGUGGCUACAGAAGCUGCUAUUGCUCUGGAGAAGUUUGCUUGUCCUGAAAAUUUCCUUUGCGCGGAGCAUUCAAAGGCGAUCAUAGACUUCGAAGGGGUUCCACCUCUAAUGAGACUACUGAGGGGCAAUGAAAAUGCUCAGCUGCAUGGACUAUCUCUCCUCUGUUACCUGGCAUUGCAUGCUGGCAAUAGCGAGGCUCUGGAACGAGCAAGGGCAUUGACGAUUCUCGAGGGUGCGGCUCGUACUGUGGCAACUCAAUAUCCUUCUCUGAGAGAGUUAAUUCCCAAGGCCAUAUACCACCUCGAGGUUUAUCAGGCCGGAAGUCAUCUUCACAGGCAAUCUUAUAUCCCAUAAACAAAAAUUUAGUGAGAUGUGAUACAGAUAAUUCAUACAGGUUUCUUGGAAUGUAACAUAGUUGGACCAGUUUGGUACCCUGUGAACAUACAGAGCAAGGCUACUUGAUAUGAAGAUUGUUGCACAUCAAGGGAAGUAAUUGCUCUUCCAUUUUAAUAGCAUUGAGGCAAUGCACUACUCUUCUGUUUUAACACAGAUGAAUAGGAGGAUCGGAGAGUAUGGCCGUUGUUAACUGCACAUAUUUGGAUUUGCUUGUUUUCAUGGAAGAAAGAAAGCAGAAUUUUUGCUGUCCCUGCCUUUUAUCUCUCCUUCUGUGUAUAUGUUUCUUUUGCUUUCACCUUUUUUUUCUUUCACAGGUUUUGUGAUUUUACAUCUAAAGAAAGAGUUUCUUAACAAGUGCAUUGAUUCAUUUAGCAGC